UGUGCGACGUAUUCGUCAAAAUGUCGCUUAUUCCGGCUAAUAAUCAGAAUUAGCUCAAACGCUUUUGUAUAUAAAACAAAUAUCAAUCAUCUAAUAACAAGCAACUAUAUAUACAAAAAUGUUGAUGCUCAUGCCUGAGAACGAAGUGGACGAAAGCGACUGCUGCGGCAAUGGCUGCACCAAUUGCAUUCUUGACAAUAAGCCCAAGCCCAGUAGACGUGCACUGCUGGCGGGCAAGCGGAAUGUCAUCCUUAGCUAUGCCAGAUUCAAGCUGCUUAGUAACGAGGCGCACAACGGAGAUGCACAAGUUCGAUUGCUGCACUUUGGUUACGCAGUGGAUGAGAAGGAGAACGACGAUAGUAUACUGGACAUUCCACCGGGGCAUCAUGUUAUGUUACGCGCUGUGCUUACUGGGCAUGCUGUGCCGCUGCUGCGUCCCUACUCGCCCUACUGGACAGACUUUAUAGCCAAAGAGUUCAAAAUUCUGGUCAAGCUGCAACCGGGCGGACACAUGUCCGAAUAUUUGGCAGCACUGGUGCCGUUGCAAGUGUUAGAGUUUCGCGGCCCCAUUGGCAACUAUGUGCAUGAUGUGAGCGCUGCCAAAUGCAUAUACAUUAUAGCACAGGGCGUGGCCAUUGCGCCCACUUUGCCGCUGGUCGCGCAGGUGCUGGACAACGAGGAUGACAUGAGUCGCAUACGGCAUCUGAUAUGUGCACAGAAUCUGCAGCACGUUUACUUUCGGGAUCGCCUGCUCGAGUUCAACCAAUACUGGAAUUACCGCAGCUGCCUCUAUCUGGCACACCAACAGUGCAGAUGCGGCUCCGCUGACUGCAACGAGCUAUGUGAGCAUCUACAAAAAAAGCUACGCUACAAAGAGACGGCGCGCAGGGUGCGCCUGGAUGUUGACCAACUGGCGUCACAUGUAGUGCCCGGCAACGAGGCCGUCUCCAUUGCCAUUAUAGCGGGCCAUCCAACUUUCCAGCGGACUAUGCGCGAGCAAGCAGCGAGAGCCUUCGGCUUGCCAGAGGAAAAUGUAUUUUUAUUGUAAACUAUUUGUUUGACUAACUUUAUCGGAUGCAUUUUGUGGCACCUAGCUUGGCUAGUAGCAUCCAAUUUGUAUCUUUCCAAUGUUGACGACUUUAAUCCAAUUAUACUCUGUUUACAAAGUAAAAGAGUAUAUGGGUUUCGUUCGACUGGCUGUCCGUCUGCCUGUCCGUAUGAAUCAAAUUCUUAGAUUUCCAGAGACUUAUAACAUGCCAAAGGCAGUUUAUUACGUAGAGCUACCGAUUCGUCACCAAGAGCUGACCAAAUAAUCAGGAGGAGUCUUCAACUCAUUUAAUCGGCUUUUACACUGCGAAUCGAGUAUUGCGCACUUUGUUGUUUUCUUAUGUCAAUAAACAAAACGGCAAAGCUCUGAGCUUUAAAAUAUUGUUAUCAAAACUUAAAUAAAAUUCCCCCAUUGUAGAUAUUACAAGCUAAGAAAUUUAAGUAGUGGGAUUACUUUAAGCAAACUUUGUAAUAUAACUAUAUGACUAUAUGACUUGUUCUAAUUCUUAGCUGCUUGAAUUAAUUGGCACUAAAGUGGAUCAAAUUGGUUU